AUGUUAGCCAAGAAGUAUCAUCCCGACAUAAAUAAGGACGAUCCUCAGGCGGCGAGGAAGUUUCAAGAAGUUUCGGCAGCGUAUGAAGUGCUUAGCGACGAAUCGAAACGACAGCAGUAUGAUCAGCUGGGUUCAGCCGGUGGUUUUGCGGAGGCCAGUGCACCGGGUGGAGGCGAUGCUGGUACCGGACAAACUUGGCAAGGCUUCCAGUCGACCAUCGACCCAGAGGAACUUUUCCGGCGAAUUUUUGGAGACAUAAAUCUUGGGAAAGGCCGGGGCGGUUUUUCCGGCUGGACUUUUGACGACUUCGCCGAAACCAAUGCCGGUUUCGGCAGUUCUCAAGAGGUGAUUAUGAACCUGUCGUUUCAAGAAGCAGCCAGAGGCGUCGAUCGGGAAAUAAACGUAAACGUGGUAGAUAUUUGUCCACGAUGUAAUGGCAAGAAAACGGAGCCCGGGUACAAGACUGUGAAAUGUCCGUUCUGCGACGGAACGGGAAUGGAAACGUUCUCGCAAGGACCGUUCAUCAUGCGCCAAACGUGCCGGAGAUGUCGUGGCACUGGUCAGUACAACAAAAAUCCUUGUCUCGAAUGUGAAGGCACCGGAAAUACGGUUCAGCGCCGUAAUGUAGUUGUUCCCGUUCCUGCAGGCGUGGAGGAUGGACAGACUGUACGAAUGACUGUUGGCAAGAAGGAGGUGUUUAUUACUUUCAAGGUUGCGAAAAGUGACAAGUUCCGUCGCGAGGGCGCUGACAUUCAUAGCGACGUGGCGAUUAGUAUCUCUCAAGCGGUUCUCGGAGGAUCAAUCCAUAUCCCAGGCAUAUAUGAAGAAAUUCAUCUCCAGAUACCUGCCGGAACUUCCUCACACACCAAGAUUCGCCUUGCCGGUAAAGGAAUAAAAAAGGUGAAUUCCUACGGUUACGGCGACCACCACGUUCACAUCAGAAUAAAGGCUCCCAGGUGGGCACUCAGAUCGUUGAGUGAUCGCCAGAAAGCGGUGAUUACAGUAUAUGCCGAAAUGGAAAAGGAUACGGAAGGUUCGAUACGAGGUGUAACAUCUACUGCUGACGGUAAAAAAAUUGCGGUCGAAGACCCAGACGGUUGCAUAACGAAGAUUCGACGUGUUGUUAAUUCCGGACUGCAGCCCGAGGGCAUCGGCAAAAAGGUUGCUGAAGACAUAGACGAAUUGAAAACGGACACAUAA